CUACAAAAAACGGUAGAAAAAAGUCCCUAGCAGACUCUUUUCUCUCUUUGUGAAGAAGUGGAGCGGCAGCAGAGGGAAAUCUCACGCAUUAGAUAACUCGUUGGAACUUUAAUAUACUCUGAAGAUAAAUCAUAACAGCUGCUCUCUGAGAGAAGAAACAAGUAACUCUUUGUCUAAGUCCGGAGCAGAGCGCAUGAUGCGGAGGUGAGAAGGUGAAGCCAGUGAUGAACCUAUCGUCCUCAGAGCAGGGGGAAGCGUGUGCGCGUGUCCUGCAGGGCCUGUGGGUGCGUGUGAGAGCUGGACAGGAGGAUAUCCUGCUCUCUCCGUACCUGCCCGCGUCCUGCGCCUUCCUCACGCACCUCCUCCUCUGCGCACCUUUCCUGGCGCUGGACACGCUGGGCGGCGUGUGUCGGCGGGUCCGCUCCUGGAGGAUCUCCGCGGGUUCGGGGCCGCCGCCGUCUGUCCGCCGGUGGUUCGGCUGUUUUUGGACCGUGCUGUACCGAUACCUGACCGCCAUCCUGCCCGCCACCGUGCUCUUCCAGACCCUCCGGAGCCCCGCGUUACCGGCGCUGGCCCCAUCCUGCUGGCAGCUCUUCGUGGAGGUCUGCGCGUGUAUUCUGCUGUUUGACUCGCUCUACUUCAUAUGGCACUUCACCAUGCACAGGUUUCCCUGGCUCUACCGCAACAUCCACCAGCUGCACCACCAGCACCGGGUGCCCUUUGCCCUGGCAGCCCAGGAUGCCAGCUCCACUGAGCUGCUGUCCCUGCUGCUGCUGGCUCUGAGCAGCGCCUGGAUGGUGGGCUGCCACCCUCUGAGCGAAAUCCUCUUUCACCUCCUCAACAGCUGGAUGGCAGUAGAAGACCACUGUGGCUACAAUCUGCCCUGGGCUCUGCACAGACUGCUGCCCUUUCUGGGAGGAGCCCCCUUCCACCACGCCCACCACAGCCGACACAAUGGCAACUACGCCCCCUACUUUACCCACUGGGACCACCUCUUUGGCACAUACAUUUCAUGAGUGGCGUAUACAUCCAGAGUGGUGUUACUGCUACAUGCAGCAGUUUGGGGCUUAAUGGCCAACAUGAAUUGAAGGAUUUCUUCUGUCGAUCUUUCUUUCCUGAUCAGAUGCUCACAUAAUCAUGGAUCUGUAAAGUUUUUACAUUUCAACAAACUUGCUCCCUAUAAAGAACUGUAUGCACUAUCUUUCCUUGAUAACUUCACGAUGUUUGUGGACCAAUCUAAUUUUCCCAAGCAGCGUGUGAUACACAAAGCGUGAAUGCUGACAAGGCGGAUGAACAUCUGGCUUGUUCCACAGCAAGUGAAUGCAGCUUGUGGUGAGAAGAUAAAGCGGCAACAUGAUCGAAUCAAGACAAUGAAGCUAUAAAAAAAAAUGAUUGAUCAAAUGAGCAACAUAUGUGCUUGUGUUUGGAUGGAUUAGUGGGCUUUCAUACUGUUUGUAUGGGCCAAGGCAGCUCAUAACUGACACAUUUGGAUAUAAAUCUUUAUUUUGUGCAAAAUGUAAGUAUUUCAGUGGAACUCUCAACAAUGUAAGACAAUAAAAAUAAAUAUAUAUUUAUAUACUAGA